AUGGAUAACGAAAUUCCGGGGCCUUCAGGCCCGAAAAAAUUACGUAGUGAUUGGGAAAGAAGGAGACCUCUAAAGUAUGAUGAACUGCUGCAGUACGCUAACGAUUCAGAAAGUGAGGAAGAACCAUUCAUAAAUAGUGGCAGUGAAUAUGAGCCUUCCAGUAGUGACGAAAGUUCAGGGCCGGACGAGGAAAAUUUUCAACUGCCUGCCUCUCCUGCUCCAGUACAAAGCGACGAUAAUUUGCCGACUAUUGGGGGUAAUGCCGCUCACCCUAUUUACUUGACACAUACGUUGCAUAGAAACACAGCACAUGGGCUGAGACGCGAGGGGGUGAUGUCGGUGCCGCCCAGCGCCAUAAUAGCAGUUUGCUUCCGUAGCCGUAAGAGUGAAGUGCGUUUGUUUCUUUUCGGCAGCUUUCAUCUAAUUUUUAGCUCGGAAUUUUUAGCGAAUAUGCCCAGAAAACGUGAAAGGACCACUGCCAAAGCGGCUUGGACCGAAGAAGACCUACUGCAUGCCAGAACUGCGAUUGAAAGGGGGAUGUCGAAAAGACUAGCAGCAAGAACAUAUAAAAUUCCAUUUACUACAUUAAGAGAUAGGCUAAAGAAUCAAAACAUAGGCCGUCCACGACUGGGUCGUAAACCAGUUUUUAAUCAACAACAAGAAAGUGAAAUAGCUGAACAGGUUAAGCUGCUGGGAUCAAUAUACUAUGGAUUAAGCGUUACAGAUUUGCGUAAAUCCGUUUACAAGUAUGCAGAGAUUAACAGUAUCAAAAAUAAUUUUGAUAAGAACAGCAAAAUGGCUGGGUUAGAUUGGGUACAAGGUUUUAUGCGACGCAACCCUUCUGUUGCUGUACGUAAAGCUGAAGCAACAAGUUUAAAUAGGGUUUCUGCUUUUAACAAAGAAGAGAUUACUCACUUCUACCAAAUGCUUGGUGACCUAAUGGAAAAGUAUAGGUUUCCUCCUAAUAAUAUAUACAAUGCUGACGAAACAGGGAUCACAACCGUCACAGAUCCGGGAAAAGUGCUUGCAGAAAAAGGGCAACGAAGAGUAGGCGCAGUUACGAGCGGCGAACGCGGCAGAAAUAUAUCAGUCAUGUGUGCCAUGAGUGCGGCUGGGAACUUCGUACCACCAAUGUUUAUUUUUCUCAGGCAGAGGAUGACACCGUUACUAGAAAAGGAUGGACCGCCUGGUGCAUUUUACACCCACUCCAAGAAUGGCUGGAUAAAUGAGGAAUUGUUUAAUGAUUUCUCGUGGGCAAAAGAUAAGAAAUUUGGCCCUACAAAACAUGAGGGAAGAUCAGACGAGUAA